AUGACAAAUGGGAAUGCAAUCCAUCUUGCUAACCAAGUAGGAAAGUGCCUCUCCACUACUAAGGUGUGGAAGAACGAAAUGCUUGUGAAUCAUUAUCUGAGAGUUCUUCUUGACCUCAAUACCCCGUUGGUUGCUCGUCUGAGUCUCGACAAUGAGGAUGGUAUUAAGCUCCGUUUGAGAUCUCGUUUGGAGAGUGGGUUUGCGAUUCUUGAAGUGGAAGAUUAUCAAGAGUGCAUCCGUAUGGAGCAAGAUGAGGUGGUGUCUAAGGUUAAGUUACAACUGAUACGGGUGAUGAAUGCCCUUCCGAGUCAUCUUGGUGAUAAAGAUGUAGAGACUUCCCAGAGUAAGGAGAAAGCUUCAACUAAAAGGAAUAAAAAAGGCUUUGACAAUAUGGGUUGGCCUAUUGGUGUUAUCCCGAAAUCAAUUUUUGGUCACAAAUCCUCUGGUCCUCCCCCUUUCUCAGGCCAAAAAGGGAAGGAAUUGAACGAGACAGAGGAUGUUGAGCAAAGUCAUCAUGUGGACUCAAGUAUUCAAGGAGGGUUUGGAAGGAGACUAGCUAGUUCGCUGGAAAAAAGGGCUAUUCAGACCCUUGUCUCUAAAGAAGAUUCAAAUGUCCUCUUUCUUAUGGAAACUAAGUUUGAUGGUAGAUGGGUGAAUUUGAUUUGGCAAAGUCUAGGUUUUGUGGAUGCUUCGAUGGUUGGUGCCUCUAAUACUGUUGGCAGUUUGUGCCUUUGUUGGAAGAAAAAUGGUAUUUUUAUUUUUAUACCCUUUCUUUAUUUCUCCAAUUUCCAGUGUGUUAGAAAACCUGAGAAAGCUCAGUAUGGAGGUGGGAUAAUAACAAAUCCAGAAUUGGAUAAUGGCUUAAAAGGAUGGUCUAGAUUUGGUUAUGCCAAAUUACUACACAAAGAAUCAGAGGGCAACAGAUUCAUUGUGGCUCACAGCAGAAACCAACCUUAUGAUAGUGUAUCACAGAGGCUUUACCUUCAAAAGAACAACUUUUACACAUUUUCAGCUUGGAUACAAGUGAGUAAGGGAAACCAUGUCCCAGUAAGAGCUACUUUCAAAACAAAGAAUGGAUUCAAACAUGCUGGUUCUGUUGUUGCUCAAUCUCAUUGUUGGUCUUUUCUCAAAGGGGGUCUCACUGUUGAUGAGUCAGGUGUUGCAGAUCUCUAUUUUGAGAGCAAUAACACAUCAGUUGACAUCUGGGCUGAUAGCAUCUCACUCCAACCUUUUACUCAAAAGCAGUGGAAAUCCCAUCAAUAUCACUCCAUUCAAAAGGUACGGAAGAGUAACGUUAGAAUCAGUGUAGUGGACAGAAGAGGCAAUCCAAUACAAAACGCCACAAUCUUGAUUGAACGAAACAAACCCAAUUUCCCAUUCGGGUGCGCAAUAAACAAGCUCAUCUUAACCAACCCAGCUUACAAAAGCUGGUUCACAUCAAAGAAAUUCACCGUAACCACAUUCGAGGACGAAAUGAAGUGGUACAGUAAUGAACCAACCCAAGGCAAAGAGGACUAUUCUAUAUCCGACCAAAUGCUCAGUUUCGCCAAAGGACAACAAAUCUCUGUCCGAGGCCACAACGUUGUAUGGGAUGACCCUCAAUACCAGCCAUAUUGGGUGAGAUCACUUUCGGGCCAACAACUCUACUCUGCAGCCACUAAGAGGCUCAACUCAGUCAUGGGAAAGUACAAAGGUCAAGUCAUUGCGUGGGAUGUGGUCAACGAGAAUUUGCACAAUAAGUUUUUUGAGACACAGCUUAGAAAUGGUAAUGCUUCGGCUGAGUUUUAUAAUUUGGCUUUUGGGGCUGAUUCGAGUACCAUUAUGUUUUUGAAUGAGUAUAACACUAUAGAGAGCCCUGGUGAUUCUUUGGCCAAUCCAACUCAGUACCUUAAGAAAUUGAAGGAAAUACAAAGCUUUCCUGGUAAUGCUAAUGGGAAAUUGGGGAUUGGGCUUGAGUCCCACUUUGAUGUUCCUAAUCUUGCUUAUGUUAGAUCUUCCAUUGAUGUUCUUGCUGCUACUGGAUUACCCGUUUGGAUCACUGAAUUGGACGUUAAAAGCAAUUCCAAUCAGGCAAAGUACUUGGACGAUAUUCUAAGGGAGUUAUUCUCUCACCCUGGGAUCAAAGGAAUAGUGAUGUGGGCAUCGUGGCAUCCUCAGGGGUGUUGGGCAAUGUGUUUGACUGAUAACAAUUUCAAAAACUUGCCAACUGGUGAUGUUGUGGACAAGUUAAUGGCCGAGUGGGGUUUCCUAAACGACGUCGUAACUGGCCAAGCUAAUGCUUUUGGCUUUUAUGAUGCUUCCCUUUUCCAUGGAGAUUAUCAAGUCAGAGUUGCUCAUCCAGCUCAAUUCAAGAACUCUUAUUUCUCCACUGCUACUUCUCACAGCUUCAAAGUGACACCCUUGGUAGUUGGUUCUCGGAAUAGAUCAAACUCGUUGGUUAUUCAAAUUUCUGAUUAAUUGUUUCUUUUUUUUUUUGAAGUGAAGAUAUUAG